GCCCAGGGGCUCUCGCUUCUCCUGGUGAAGGCAAAGGUGCAAUAGAAGCACUCUGAGAACCCACCCUUUCCAUCUCUUCACGUGGUUGGUGAUGGGGAGUGAAUGCAAUGCUGCAGUACUGACUGACAAAAUGAAGCCACGCAUCAGGCUUGGAGGCAUGAGGUGCCCAGAAGACCUCUGGAACUCAGCCCAGGAUGGCGCCUUCAUGUUUCAGCCAACCCAAAUGGGGUCAACUUCCGUGUUCCUAACUGUGUACAAAAUGCCUUUCCUAAUGUUUUGAUUCCAAAUGUGAUUAAAGGCUAUAGGGAAGGACAGGAGGAAAGGGAUACUGCGGCACGUGGUUUGUCACCGCUGGGUACUGGAAAUGGCCUGUCCCCGUGGUCACUCUCUGCCACCUUCCAGCCUUGGUCUCGGUCCCCAUGUUGCAGCUCCCUGUCCUGAGAAGGUUCUUUCUGCUGGGCACUGUGCCUUUGUGCAUCCACAUGUACCAGCUGUCAUGGCCGUGGGUGGAAGUGAAGAAGAGAAGCAUUGCUAAUGGUGGGCACGUGGGGCAGUGGCCAUUCCAGUGGGGAUGGCACUGCCGGGACUGCCUUCCCAGCGCCGCUGUGUGGGCAGCGGGAGCUGUCAGAGUUGUCCCGUGGCUCAGGACAGCCCUGCACUGGGUUGGGGCCCGGCACCGCAGCCACGACCGUUUCUACAGCUACGCUUCCCGAGGUGCUCCUAUAAGAUGUUUCCAUCCAGCAAACCAACAUUUCUUCGGAGCCGCCAAUGCCUUUCACCGCGUUUUGCUCGGCCUCCCGCUGCGGUUUCCCCCCCUCCCACCAGAGCCGGAGGAUGCUCCGCGCCCGGCAUCCCGCAGAUGCCGCUGCCGGCCGGCUCCCUCCCGCCUGCCCCUUUUUAAACCCCACUUCGCUGUGCGGAGAUCGCUCGCUUUGCAGCUCCGCAACGGGGACGAAAGAAGAAAGGAGCACGGAGCGCGCUGCUCAGAGCCCCGGGAGUCAGCAGAGGGCAGUGGAAGAUGCUCCGAGCGCAGCGGGGCCGGGAGCCGGGAGCGGGGAUCCGGGGAGGAGACUGCAGCGGAGGAAGGGCCGAGCGGAGCCGCGCUCCUCGGGCGGCGGGGCCGGGCUGAUAGCGAUCUGACAUCGCUCGGCCAUUAGGGCACGGGGAGACAGCAGCCCGCGCCCGGUGUUCGGGCGGUGUAAAUAGCCCCGGCGUGUGGAAAGAGCCUUUAAUAUACGGAUUUGGAGAUUUUUAUUAUUAUUAUUAUUUUUUAAUUGAAGGAGAGCCGAGGGCGUUCCAGUCGCAGUCCCCGCAGUUCUGCAUCCCCCCUCCCCCUCUUUUUGCAGCCGGGGGCCACAAACGGGCGUGGAAAUAAAAGCUCCCGGAGCUGCAGCCCCCACCCAUCGAGCCCCGAGCCCAGUCGGGCCACGCUCCCGGCUCCGUCCUCACCUGGGCACCCCCCGACCCCCUGCGGUCCCCCCUCCCCGGGCCGGAGCUCCGCGGGGCUCGGGGUAGGGCCCUGCGGGGGCGGUGCCGGUAGGGGCCCGCCCCGGGGCCGCUCCCGCUGCAGGAUGCGGCGGCGGAGGGCGAUGCGGGGCGGCGGGACCCGGCGCU